ACAUGUAAAAAAGCGCCAUAAAUUUUGUAACCAUCCGCGUUCCUCCGCUUCUUCCAUUACCUCUCCGUUUGAAUGUCGGUUGCUCUCGACCGUCAAAUUCGUCCAAUCUAUGAUGCAUUGGACACUGGUUCCCACAAGUCUGCAAUCACAGAAUGCAACAAGGUACUCAAGAAACAUCCGAAGAAUGCUUUAGUCAAGGCCUUGAAAGCCCUUGCGUUGGUUCGCUAUCAAAAGGUGGAGGAAGCGCUGGUGCUCUGUGACGAGGUUCUGGAAUCCAAACCUACUGACGACAGCACCCUCAACGCAAUGAUGCAUGUACUGCGCGGACUCGGACGACACAAGGACAUGAUCACCAUGUACGAUGCCGCCUACAAAAAACAACCGACAAAUGAGGAGCUCGGAGCUCAGACCUUCUUCGCUAACGUACGUGCUAGCAACUGGAAAUCUGCCCAGCAAGUCGCUUCGAAAAUGUACAAACAAUUCCAAGAGGACCGUUAUUUGUAUUGGAACGUCAUGAGCAAUGUUCUUCAGGCCAAUGAUAAUAACACCCCUGUUGAAAUGCGGACCUUGCUCUACAAGUUAGCUCUUCGUCUCAUAACCUCCGCGCCAACUCCGUCGUCUGUCCAUUCCGAUCGUUUCUACCUUCACCUCACUGUCUUACGCGAACUUUCGGAAUACGAUGAAGCUAUGACACUACUUGAGACACCGGCUGGCCGUAAUAUCUGUGAAACCAAUUUGGCCUGCAAUGAAAUUCGUCGAGAUUUAAUGAGAUCCAGAGGUGCUCUAGAAGAGGAAGGGAAACGCGCUGAGCAACGUAUUCUCGAGAAAGGCGAUCGGAAUUGGCUUGAAUUUCUUUCUGUAAUCGACGGUACCUUUGCAUCACUACCAGAAUCAAAAGGGGAGGCUCAUGCUGGACCUUCCGAGGACGCCAAGGAGCAAUGCAGUUCCAAAAUAUCAAAUACAUUGGCGCUUUUCACCAAUAUCUCUGUUCAGGACGGCAGGAAAGAUCGUUCAGGUUUGCUGGGUUUGCUGGAACUCGAGCACCGUGCAAGAAGACACGGCGUUUCUACCGAUACAGUGCGCUUGUUGCAUCUCCUGAAGCGAUAUUUCGAGACUUUCGGCGACAAAGCUUGCUGUUUUGAAGAUCUUAAGCCUUACUUGGGCCUUGAGGGGAACGACCUCGCUGCCUGGACGGAGGUUCUGCAAGCCUGUCCUUCAUCUUUGUCGACAGUGGAAGCCGUGCAACGUACAAUAAACUCCCACAAACUAUCCCGUUAUAACUUGUCAGCAUCAGAGUUGACAGUCGACGCGGAAACUUCACGUGCAGCACUUUACAUUUCGCAGUACCUAGAAGGGCUUCCUUUAGGUCGAAAUUUGCCCACCACAGAGUUACAAUACGUAGACGAUCUCGCUAUACUCGCCGGAAGCGUGUUUGUGAAUCUAUGGAAAAUGGGCGGAGACAUCAAAUACCUAUACAAGGCGGUUGUCCUCCUAGAGUUUGCGUUAUCGAAAAGCGAACAAGCAUUCCAGAUACGUUUGAUGUUGAUACGAAUAUAUCGACUCCUUGGUGCACCGUCCGUAGCACUAGAACAUUACCGCCUGCUGAGGAUCAAACAGGUGCAGAACGACACACUAUCCCAUUUCAUCCUUUCCCGUUGUUCCACAUUCUCCCUCGCAGCGAGUGGCGACCUGACGCUCACCUCUGAAUGUUUGGAAUCCAGUCAAAUUUACGUCAGUAACUCUCAAGAGACGAAUGAUUACGUUAUCCGGGCAUUUUCUGCUGAGAAAUAUUCGCAAAUUCCACAAUUCAUCCUCUUUGAGGACUGGUUAGAAAACUCAUUACAACGAGACAUCACGAAGCUGGAGUAUCUCCGGAUGCGAAUCACCCAUGAAGUCAUAUCCUCCGACAUUAUCGACCUCGAGCUUAUCGAGCUUAAAUUCGUCUUUGACCGUUUACAUCAUGACAAUCGAGACUUUGAGAUUCUCCCUAACUAUCAACCCAAAAGUGUGGAAGACUUCAAUACUCAGACUUUGUUGUUUGGAAAAUCAGAAGGUCAUGGAUGGGUAUGGUCCUUCUUGAAGUCAUACAUCAAAGUCUUCUCGCAGGCAAGCGACCUCUCCGACGUCGUGGAAGAGAAACUUCUCGUUGGUGAUCGUCCACAGAUCUCGCCUAAACUUGGAUCCCUAAAAGAACGACUGGCUCGAAGGGAAAAGGAAGAGAUGGCUGAGCUCACACCAGAUGAGCUGUCACUGAUUUCAUACACUGACGCCCUAACAGAGUGGCUGGAGCCUUUCCAUGACUACGUCCGACCGCCAGCCUCUGUGGUGUUGGCAGAUGUUGCCAAAAAUACGGAGUUAAAGACCGGACUGCCUCUCAGAGGCGUGGAUAUCACCCCUCCCUUGAAUGGCCAUGUCAAAAAGGAGGAGGAGACACCACCGAUCACUGAUGCGCCCGAAGAUCUCAUCAAAUUUUUUGAAAACAUGAAAAUUCGGUUUGAAGCCGCCAAAAACGCUGGGCAUCUCAAUGAAGCCCUCCAUAUAGCUACGAUCGCACAAGAAGCUUUCCUACUUUUUGUGACUGAAACAAUAAGGUUCAAGCCUGCUUCGGUUGUGAAGAUCCACAAGCUUGGUAACCUGGUGGCUAAAUUUAAACCAAUCCGCGCUGUAGGCAUCGCUGUGCUCAAAGAAAUGACUAUUGCACUCGAGAGCAUGAGUACUCAAGAGGGCACAUCUGAAAGACGAAGAGAAUUUGUUGAUGCUUGUGGGUUUGAAUCAUCAGAGAUUGAUCAUGACUCUAUCAUGAACAUAAUUAAAAGAGUAAGUGACUCCCGUAAGAAGGUGGAAGAGGGAAUGGCGAAGGGACUGUUGAGAAUAUGUACUACAUACGAACAGUAAAUGCCAUCCUCGUCUUCUUGAUUACCCUAAAUAAGCAACUCCUCAUUGCCCUGAGACUCAGAUAGGCAAAUAGGCACGCUGUAUACUAGCUCACUAGUCUCGAGUACUAAACGUUAUGUACUGACGAUCGCUACGAUGUGUGUAUAAGUGCUUGCUCA